GUUCAGGUGUCAGGGUCUGUGUACCUAUAGUUAAGGUAGAGGUUGUCAGGGUCUUUGUAUCUAUAGUUAAGGUAGAGGUUGUCAGGGUCUGUGUACCUAUAGUUAAGGUAAAGGUUGUCAGGGUCUGUGUACCUAUAGUUAAGGUAAAGGUUGUCAGGGUCUGUGUAUCUAUAGUUAAGGUAAAGGUUGUCAGGGUCUAUGUACCUAUGGUUAAGGUAGAGGUUGUCAGGGUCUGUGUACCUAUAGUUAAGGUAAAGGUUGUCAGGGUCUGUGUACCUAUAGUUAAGGUAAAGGUUGUCAGGGUGUGUGUAGCUAUAGUUAAGGUAGAGGUUGUCAGGGUCUGUGUAGCUAUAGUUAAGGUAGAGGUUGUCAGGGUCUGUGUACCUAUAGUUAAGGUAGAGGUUGUCAGGGUCUGUGUACCUAUAGUUAAGGUAGAGGUUGUCAGGGUCUGUGUACCUAUAGUUAAGGUAGAGGUUGUCAGGGUCUGUGUACCUAUAGUUAAGGUAGAGGUUGUCAGGGUCUGUGUACCUAUAGUUAAGGUAGAGGUUGUCAUGGUCUAUGUAGCUGUAGUUAAGGUAGAGGUUGUCAGGGUCUGUGUACCUAUAGUUAAGGUAGAGGUUGUCAGGGUCUGUGUACCUAUAGUUAAGGUAGAGGUUGUCAGGGUCUGUGUACCUAUAGUUAAGGUAGAGGUUGUCAUGGUCUAUGUAGCUGUAGUUAAGGUAGAGGUUGUCAGGGUCUGUGUACCUAUAGUUAAGGUAGAGGUUGUCAGGGUCUGUGUACCUAUAGUUAAGGUAGAGGUUGUCAGGGUCUGUGUACCUAUAGUUAAGGUAGAGGUUGUCAUGGUCUAUGUAGCUGUAGUUAAGGUAGAGGUUGUCAGGGUCUGUGUACCUAUAGUUAAGGUAGAGGUUGUCAGGGUCUGUGUACCUAUAGUUAAGGUAGAGGUUGUCAUGGUCUAUGUAGCUGUAGUUAAGGUAGAGGUUGUCAGGGUCUGUGUACCUAUAGUUAAGGUAGAGGUUGUCAGGGUCUGUGUACCUAUAGUUAAGGUAGAGGUUGUCAGGGUCUGUGUGACAGGGAUUCUUUGUCCUUCAAGACCCGGUGUAGAGGUCUCGGAUGACAGGACGCUUGGCCCUAGUGAUGAAGUCUGUCGUUUGCUCUGUCCUCGGAAGCGCCUUGAGGUUGAGGGCAGGACAGUUGCCACUGCAAAAAUACAGCCAAUCAAGUUGGUUUUGAUGGUUCAGGUGUUGUUACUGUUUUGA